UGAUAGUAUGCCUUUUGACUUCAUAGAGAAUUAUUACCGAUUUUUAUGGAUGCUUAUAAUUGCUUUUAAAAUGUUAUUUUGUUUAGUUUUUUAGGCCUUCAAAUCCUGAACUCAAUAUACCCACAACUCACAAUGCAAAACGGAACGCAAAUACCAGAAUCCGGAAAAUGUGAAUCAGCUAAAUACGAGUACAAAAAAACAUCUUAUGCGGAGUUAUGUGAAGUAUUACAAUCCUUACGCAAAGACGAGAUUUUUUGUGACGUUAAACUUGAAACGGACGAUAAAAAAAUAAUAUUCGCACACAAAGUGGUUUUAGCAUCGGCUUGUCCAUUUUUCCAUGCAAUGUUCACAAAUUUUGCUGAAAAAAAUUAUGAUCUUGUUACUAUGAGACAGUUAAAUUCUACCUGUUUACAGCUGUUGGUAAACUUUAUUUAUUCAGGGAAAAUCGUGAUCACGGAAAAAAAUGUCCAGGAUUUGUUAUCAGCUGCAAAUCUGUUACAGUUACAAGAAGUAAAAGAUGCAUGUUGUGAUUUUUUAGAGACACAACUCUGCUCUACAAAUUGUAUCGGUAUAAACAAAAUAGCUGAUUUACAUAGCUGUAUGAAAUUGUUAACAAAUUCAGAAUUAUAUAUUCGACAACAC